UCAAGUUGUUGCCUUUGGCUAGGCUUUGGUCCUAAAGUAAGUUUAGAAGUUUUUAGAUAGAUCAUCAAGCUGGAAGUUUUGUGCGUGCACCGCUGUGACUUACUAGUACGCUGAAUCUCUCCUGGCCUGGUUCAAGUUAGUUACUUGAUCGACUGACUGCAAUUUUGUAGCGACACAUGGUGAUAAAUUUGGCAAGUGCAGAACAAAGACCAGAAGACAACAGAAGCAGAUAAACUUCUUUUGCCAGUCACCUUGACAAGACCGUUUCCAAGUUAUUCUUCCUAUGUGUGCACUAGGAGAGCUUUGUCAACAAGGGUUAUGGCUGACAAUGAUGGUAAGGUAACUCUUAUAAAGGACAUUAGACCUGGGCUGAAAAACCUGACUUGCAUUUUCAUAAUUCUUGAAAUCGGCGAGGCCACACAGACGAAGGACGGCAACAAAGUGCGCACGGCCUGGGUGGCGGACGGUACUGGGUCAAUAAAUUUUUCGGUGUGGGAUGCGUUCGGUGAGAGUAUUCGACCAGGCUACAUCUGCCGUCUACAGCGCUGCUAUGCAUCUUUGUUCAAGAGAUCAAUGACGUUAUAUGCUGGUCGAAAUGGUGUCCUGGAGAAGGUUGGUGAAUUCUGUAUGCUAUAUUCUGAAGUUCCAAACAUGAGCAGUUUAUCAAUGGAUAACGAGGAGUUUGGCAUGGCCAGCAGCCGUGGUGGGCCGGGCAGUGUAAAAUCCAGUGGUGCUAUGGGAGGUGAAGGUAAGCAUGACCAUCGCCGUGGCAACGGAAAUGCUGCUGCCAAUGCUACCGGCCAGUUUGCUGGUAGCGUUGGACUUCGCGGUGGACAUAACAGUGGUGGUCGGUCGUCUCCAGCCAGGGGAUACUCAACACCUGAGUCGAAUAGUCCACGUGGUGUUGCUGCUGCCACUGACCCUCGUCACAUGUCCCCUCUUCAAGGAAAUAUUUACAAUUCACAAGCUGUGGGUGCAAGUGCCGCCACUGCUGCUGCUGGUGGUGGCACGUCCCUGAGCCCGUCUCAAGCACACAAGCCAGGUAGCAAUGCCGCAGGUCGGCACAGUGAAGACUUGUCGACGCUAGGCCCACGCAGCUCCAAGAACACGGCUGUGGCCAAUGGUGGUGGUCCUGGUCUGGGGCCCCGUGUACAACGACAUCAUCCAUACGGACGUGCUGCUGGUCAUGUGCGCAAUAGCUUUAGCAAUCAUGAAAGAUACGCACGGCCACUGUCACCACCACCGCCACAGAGUCGCUACUAGUGUUGCUGUUGAUUUUGAUUGCCAUUGCGGCCACGGAUUAUUUAUAUUUUCUCGUGUCUAGGGUGUGUAUGUGUGUCUAGUGCUAUAUGCUUGAAAAGAAUUUCCCAGUAAUUUUAUCAUGUUGAUCAUGAACUUAAAACUGAUGCUGUCUUGAACUAUCCACACACUUCAUUUUGGUGGCGGCGGUGGUGAUGUCAUCACCACCAUUGUUUAUACCCAUUGUAACUUUUUUUUCAGUUUUAUACUGGGCAUAUGCUCUAUAAACCCAACCCGGUUAUCUUAGUUUUUAUCAGUGUACUUUAAUAGUUCUGCUUUCUUUUUUUUAUUUCUCAUUGUACUUGUGAACUGCUGCUGCUCUACGUUCUGAAGGAGUGCGACAUGAGUGGUUGGAGCCACGGGUAGUGACAAUAAGGAUGCCUGGUGUCCACUGCCCAGAGCUAUGCUGACAACUCAUGGCACUCUCUUCGCAAGCCGUUCAGAGAAAGAGACUACUUGUCAGGUCUUAUCUCUUUUAUUUUAUUUAUCUCUUUUCUUUAG